GAGUGUGAAAUUACCCCGAGAAAGGAUGUGACGACGACGGCAUUUUCGCACACUCAGUAUCCGUUCAGUUGUCUUGCCAAGCGGUUCGCUGCGUCCGGUCGCAUUGGGAUUUUUUUCUCGGAUCUUUUCUCAUCCUCUUUUUUGCAUCCUGUGGACAGUUGGAAGUUGCAGCGAUAGACGGGAGGAGUCAUGAGAAAUUGAUUGCACUCUCUUGGAAUAAAUUAGCAUUUAUUUAAAAAAAAAGCUCACCAACUCCACUUCCGCCCCCGCUGAAGAAAUCAAUACGGGAUCAUUAAAGAAUCAAGAAGAUAAAAAAAAGAGUUUCAAACAAAUAAAAAAUCAAUUUUUGAAUUUUUAAAAGCAGCUGUUGAGCUUGGAUGCUGGUGUUGCGGAACUGAAUCUGUGUGCUAUGCGUGAUUGCAAAAACCGGGAAAGUUGAUGGGCCCCUGGUGCUAUUUUGGGGCCCUCGUUGUGCUGUGUAUGGCAAUUGAGGGGGACUCCUCAAAUUCCGGAAAAAAUGGUGUGAUACCUGUAACAAAUGUUGUUGUGGAGGAGCCUGAAUUUACAGACAUCAUAGAAAAUAUUACUGUACCUGCUGGGAGGAACGUUAAGCUUGCCUGUUCAGUUAAGAAUCUCGGAAGCUACAAGGUAGCGUGGAUGCAUUUUGAGCAAUCGGCAAUCCUGACAGUCCAUAAUCAUGUGAUAACGCGGAAUCCCCGGAUUAGUGUCACCCAUGACAAACACGACAAGCAUCGCACGUGGUUUUUGCACAUUAACAACGUCCAAGAGGAAGACAAGGGUCGCUAUAUGUGUCAAAUCAACACGGUUACGGCAAAAACUCAGUUUGGAUACCUCCAUGUAGUCGUUCCACCAAAUAUUGACGAUUCGCUGAGUUCGAGUGAUAUAAUUGUGCGCGAAGGAUCGAAUGUGACGCUAAAGUGCCGUGCAACGGGCAGCCCAACGCCAACAGUGAAAUGGAAACGAGAUGACAAUUCAAAAAUAGCCAUCAACAAAUCCUUAAAUGUUCACGAGUGGGAUGGUGACUCACUGGAAAUAUCACGAAUUUCCCGGUUGGAUAUGGGUGCCUAUCUAUGUAUAGCAUCGAACGGGGUACCACCGACAGUGUCGAAGAGGAUUAAAGUCAGUGUGGACUUUCCGCCCAUGCUGUGGAUUCCACAUCAAUUAAUUGGUGUUCCAUCCGGUGCCAAUGUCACUCUUGAAUGCUUCACCGAAGCACAUCCAACCUCCCUUAACUAUUGGACUCUCGGCGAGGGGCAGAUGAUUCAUGAUUCAAAAAAGUUCAAAUCAGAAACAACUCUCGGCAAUCCAUCUUACAAGACCCACAUGCGCCUCACAAUUUUCAAUACAAGUCAGUCUGAUGAAAACUCAUACAAAUGUGUCGCCAAAAAUCCACGCGGUGAGACAGAUGGUGCAAUUCGUCUAUACGUCUCACCACCAACCACCAUUUCACCCGGACCUGCUACAACGGAAUCCCAACGGAGAGACACAUGGGAUACGAGGGGGAGCAUCAAUAACACCACAAAUGGACAUCCCUCGGUCUACAUUCUGGACAAAAACUCCCGAAUGUCUUCGAAUUUGAAUGAUAUUGGUAAAUCGGAACAAAAGUCUACGGACAAUUCUAAAGGAUAUAACCUCCCAAUAGAAAUUAGUAAAGGAUUCUCCACACAAACUGUAACACCCAUACUUUGGAUUGCACUUGCCAUAAUUUUAGUGUAGAGGGCAUUAUUUAUAUACCUAUACAUAGCAUUAGAAUAAAAGUAAACAUUACUAAAUCAUAGUGAAAUUUAAGACAAAUGCAGGGUUUUAACACAUAUAAAUUAUAUACAUUAUUAUCAAAUAGGAUACUACAUCUUAAUGAAAAUGAAGAAAAGAAAACUUUGUAAACAAACUCCAUAAAAUUAGAAUUAAUAUUUUACAAUACAACACGAUUUUAUUUGCAAAUUGAUAAUUAAAGUUUUGUGUCUGUAUAGAUAAUGUAAAGCGCGGUUUUUCGUAAACUAACUUAUAAAAUGAAAGAGCUGGUUGCAGGUGAUGGUGUAAACUUGUGCAGAUUUCAUAUAACCAAAAUGUCGAAGUGUGUCUACUAAAGAUAAUUAAUUUAAUUUUAAAUUCAAUUUCUUUGCUUGCUGUGGAAAAUGUUGGAAAAUUUCGAAUUGAUAUGCAAAUUUUGCACAGAAUGUGUUAACAAAAUGUAUAAGAAAUGCACAGAUUGUUUAAUUCUACAUACAUACAUAUUAUAUAGGAUGUUGGUGAACGGGAGAUUUACUUAGGAGUGUCCAAAAAGAAGGUGUAGUAAACGUAAGAAGUAAAAAAAUGCCAUUUGUAGAUGAAAAUGGCACGCAAAUGCCUCAAAUAGAGUAUAAUCCAAAAUAUCGUGAAAGCACCUUUAAUUUGAGCUUAAUCCGAGGUACUUGUUGAUUUUGUAGGAGGAUUAAUAUUGUUUACUAUAGUGGAAAAAAAACAGAGAGAAUUGAUAUAUAUUCUAAGGUGAAGUAAUAGCCAAAAUACAUCAUACGUACGUAAAUGUUUUAGCCUAAUAUUAUAAAAAAAAUACCAAAUAAUUUAUAUACAUAUAUUGAACAGAUGAAAAUAUACCAAGGGAAAUAUAUAGAAGUGCUUUAAAAUAACUCACAAA